AUGAAUGGCCACUCUCAGCCCUCACAUGAGCCUGUAAUGAGCAAGCAAGAUGAGGAUCUGAUGCAGCUCACGUUGCAACUCAGAAACAAGAAAGAAGCUGAGAAGUAUGCCAAGUUUCACGGCGACAAACUCAUUGGAAACCCGAUUGUUCCCAAGGUUGGCUUAUGGGAAGAUGUCAAAUCUGUGUUCUCCAAGUCUAGCAACUGGCCUGCUUUAAAGAGAACGGCAGAUGGUUUCAUUAAAGGCACUGGACUUGAUGGACAAAGUCUGGCGACGAUCGCUGGCAGUCUUUCUGACUACAGCGUCCAACGCCAGAAGCUCAUCAACGACCAAGUCAAGGACAAGUACGACAAGAUGCUGCACCCACCUUUGACGUAUCUUGGUGAUGCAUUCCAGUAUCGAACUGCUGAUGGCAAGUUCAACAGCUCCAUCAAUCCCCAUCUCGGCCAAGCUGGUGCUCCAUACGCCAAGACCGUCCCAUCAAAGACAGCGCCGUUGGGAGCUCUCCCUGAUCCUUCUGAUCUCUUUGACAAGCUUAUGGCACGAGAAGAAGGUGGCCGAGAGAGCCAGUCUGGACUGUCUGCAAUGCUCAUCUAUCACGCCACCAUCAUUAUCCAUGACAUCUUCAGGACUAACGACAACGACAAGAAUAUCUCUGAUAGCUCGUCUUACCUCGACUUGUCUCCACUCUAUGGAUAUACCACCGAGAUGCAACGUAAAGUCCGAGAUGACAAGUACAAGCUUGGUCUUUUGAAGCCUGAUACGUUUGCUGAGGAUCGUCUACUUCGGCAGCCACCUGGCGUCUGCAUCAUGCUCGUUAUGUACAACCGAUACCAUAACUACGCUGCAAGACAACUUCUUCGAAUCAACGAGAAUGGCCGCUUUAGAGUUCCCGUCAUGUACGAGAAGACCAAACUUGUCUCUCUGAUCAUGGAGCAUCUUCCUGAGAAGGACCAGUACGGCCAGAAGCUGCCAUUGGACGAAAAGGUUCAGAAGAUGUGCAAGCAAUACGAAGAUCUCUGGAGACAGGUCCGCGCAGCGAGGCCUGGCGAUGCACCAUACGCUCCUCCGAAGACGCCUAACGAGACUGAUAAAGAGAAGGAGUCUCGAGAGAAAGCUGAGAAGGCUCGUCACGACGCUCUGGAGGAAAUUGAGAAGUUCAACAAGUCGAAGCUGAACCAAGACUUGGAAGACUUGGCCAACGAUCUCAAGCUUCUCCUCAAGAAGAAGACGCUGAAGCUCAAGGAGCACGAUCAUCAAGCUGCCAAGGACUUUGAAGCUGCAUGCGACGAGUUCAAGGAUGCCUGGGAAGCUGCCUGGAACAAGCAAGACGAUGAUCUCUUCAACACCGCUCGACUCAUUACCUGCGGCAUGUACAUCCAGAUCUCAGUCCACGACUACUUGAGAGCUUUGAUGGGCUUCCACCAAUUCAACACCAACUUCACUCUUGAUCCUCGCGCCGACUUUGAUCAGAAGAAGACGAGCCGUGGUAUCGGCAACCAAGUCACGGUCGAGUUCAAUCUUCUCUACCGCUUCCACUGUGCCAUCUCCCGCAAGGACGAAGCAUACACUGAAGACUUUAUGAAGAAGGUGUUGCAUUUCAGAGACCCAAGCAAUACAUCUCUUCCCGAAUUUCUUGGAACAAUGGCUGCUGUCAAGCAGAAGGCUGCGGAGGACCACAAGUAUGGUAAGAGGGAGCCUGAGCCAUGGGAGGUCACCUUUGGUAUCCCUGAUGAAGACACAGCACCUGCAAAUGGGUCUGGGUCAUCUGGCAAUACUUCAGACAGUGGUAUAGCUUUCAGCGGUGAUACUUCCAACAUCGGCCCAGAAAAGGUCACCAAGUCCAAGCAUUUCACUCGCAACGCCAUCACCAACCUUUUCGACGAUAAUCAGAUGCUCGAGGAGCUUACUUCAGCCAUGGAUGACCCUAUCUCCAACUUUGGUCCCCGCAACGUUCCCAAGUGCCUCAAACCUGUUGAGAUCAUGGGCAUUCUUCAGGCUCGUCGUUGGGAGUGCGGAACUUUGAAUGACUUCAGAGACUUCUUUGGCCUGCCCAGACAUCAGUCGUUUGAGAGCGUUACAAAGAAUGUAGAGAUCCAGAAUGCACUCCGAGAUCUUUACGAGCAUCCUGACAAGAUUGAGCUGUAUCCUGGUAUCUUCUGUGAGUCUGACGAGUACAUGGGGCUGGACCCAGGUCCCAGCGAGUCAAGUUCUGCUCUCUGGUCUGCCAUCUUCUCGGAUGCCAUCACCCUUGUUCGAUCUGAUCGAUUCUACACUGUUGAUUGGAACACCAACUCUUUGACUUCUUGGGGCAUGAAAGAAGUCACUCCCAACAACGAGAUCUGCAAGAGUUCAGUCUUCCAUCGACUACUACAACGUGCCUUCCCAGGAUGGUUCCCCUCCAACACCAUCCGCUUCUUUCAUCCUUUCUACACCGCCAAGCAGAAUGCCAUCUACGCCGAGGCUCAAGGCUAUGGUGAUUGGUUCAAGGAGACAGUUGAUCACCCAAAGAUCGCCGUUGCUGCUCCAGUGCAGAAGCCCGAGAAGCCGUGGUACCUCAGCAAGUACGACGACAUCAAGAUCAUCUUGCAUGGGGAGAAGUCUAAGAACUUCACCAAUCCUGCAUAUUACUACAAGGCAAACCUUCCUCAAGUAGUCAGGGAUGUGUUGAACCCGGUGCCUGAGAAGAAGCCACCUACCUACUCAUCUGUGAUUGACGAUUAUGUCAAGGACGUGGACUCAGACUUGAAGAAGUAUCUUGAUCACGAGAUGAGAGAAAUCGUCAAGAGAGAGUCAAUUUCUAUGACCAAUUCGACGUUCCAGAUCGAUGCCACUCGAGACUUUGCCAUACCCGUUGUUACUCGAUAUGUCGCUGACUUCCUUGGCUUCGGCAACAAGCUCUUCAAGACUCCAACUGAGACCAAGGACACGUACAGCGAGAAUGAGAUUUAUCAGCAUAUCACAAACUGUCAAAUCUUCCUCUCAUACAACGCUGACGAGACCAAGUGGUUGCAGCGUCGUGAGGCUUUCAAGGCUUCUAUGAAGAAGCUCAUCGAACUGACCCAGAAGGGAACAAUCUGGGAGGCCGGACAAUGGGACAUCACAAGGGCAUUGUUUGGUAAGAAGGAGACAAAUGCUAUGCAUGACCUUGGAGUCUUUGUCGCGAAGCAGGUCUUGGCUUAUGAGAAGGAUCAGAGAAAAGCGGCUGCUAUUCUUCUCCUCAUCUGUCUUGACUUUGCAUAUAAUGCGGUCGUCUCAUUCACUGCUACCUUGGACGGCUACAUGAGGGAUCUUUAUGCAGCGGCUGACGGUCGUCCACAUCUCAUGCUCCUUCGUAAUGACGUCGGUCCACAAUGGAUCCAAGUCCAGAAGUGUGUCUUCAGUGAUAAACCAGACGCGGAUGAGCAGCUUGAGAAGAUGGUCCAGACAAUGGCUCGUAUCACCGUUCGGCAACCCAUUGUGCGAAAGGCUGUCGCGCAAGGCGAUUAUUCCUUUGCUGGUGUGAACAAAGGAAAGCCGGUUACCAUCAAGGAAGGCCAGGCUGUUAUCCUCGAUCUUGCCAAGGCUGGUGAGGAGCCAGGAGUUAAGGGCAAUCCAGAGAAGCAGCAGCUCUUGAUGUCCCAGCUCAGCAUCGCCGACAAGUUCGGAGUCUUUGCACCUCGACGCGUUGCCACGAUCUCUUUAACCUCAAUGAUCAAGUUCGUCGCUCAGAUGAAGAAUCCUCGUCGUGGUCAUGAUGCACAAGGCAAGCUCAAGAAGAUCAACCUUGACUCUACUCCCGAGGGCUACGCCAACUACAUGGCGCCUGGACGAGUCAGUUGGAUCGAACAACAAGUCAAGAAGCUGGAUGACCAUGACGAAGCAGACGAGAUCUUUACCGAUGAUAUCCUGCGACCCCAGACUGAUACAUAUCUUACCCCAACUUGGGAUGAGUUUGUUCCCUUCCCCAUGACGUGGAAGAUUCGCUUCGAUGGAUUCGGUGAAUCAGACUACAAAGUUGGCACCAAUGACUACGGUAGAGUCAAGACAACUCCUACUCUGCCUGAUUUCUGCCCUCCGUGGUAUCAGCCUCAAGGUCCAAGUACUGAGGGAGGUGCUUUUGCUUCCGUUGUCUGCGUUUGUGCUGAUGAUGGAGCUGCGGACGGCAAGGUUGAUGAGAAGGGCGAGAAGGUUCACAAGAAGCAUUGUCCUUGCGUCGGGGGCUCCAAGAAGAAGUCUAAACUGAAGACAGCUCAGCUUUCGACUGGCUGUGGAUUGAGCGAUAACUGUGUGCAUAAGUAG